UCAUAUAUGUGUAUCUCUAAACAAUAUUCUAUAAUCGAUCUAAUAAUCGAUCAUCGAUCGAACAUGUUUCGAUCACGCAUCUGCGCAUUACGUAAGCGUAGACGCACGCAGGCGCAUAGUCGUCGCAAUUUGAAAAGAAAAAAGUCCAGACAACCUGGACACCGAACAAAUGGCUUUCUCUCAUCUUAUGAUCCUUCCUUGAUGCUACCAGCUUCCUUCGAUGAAUAUUUGACAACUGUCGUGACACGUGGUGUUCCAAGUAACACGAUGAUUAAAUAAUCGAUUACAGCUGUAAGAUAACGAAGACUGGAAUUGUGUCAUGGACUUCGCGAAGAAAAUUACGGUAAGAAGAAUGUUUCUUUCAGAUUCAAUAUAAGUCGCAUUGCAAAAUGAAUGGAUUUCCACUACCGAGACUGUUACGUCAAAUGAUCAAAAAUGACUUCAUUCAAGUAGCCGGACUGUUUAAAAGAGCGCGAAGUUUAAAUAAAGAUAACAGAUUAUGGAAUAGGUCCACUUUUAUUGGAUCUGGAAAGAGGCAUAGAUGCUUAAGAAGAAGGGAAAGCAAAUACCAUAAUGUACUUCCUUCAUUCGAGAAUACAUUUUUAUACGUGUAUAAAUAUCCAUAAAAUAAUCGCGGAAGUUCUUCGGCAUAAAUGAUGAUAAAAUUGUACAGAUUUUCCAAUACUUUCAUAAUUAAUGAUGGAAACCUUACGCCGUCCAUGAGAACUAAAAACAACUAACCUUUAAUCUGGUCAUAAUUUAAUCAGCAUCAUACGUAUUCCAUGCUUUCUACAAAACGAGAAGGAGGUAACAAAGAAACUUAAGAAACGAAGGAACUCAAGAUCCGCCUUCAGAAUUCAAGGUUCGAACGUGUCGACGAAGGUCAUCGUACGUCCGUUUCAUCCCGUUAGACUUCGUCAUUGAGCAAGUCAUACUUUCGUUCUCGUUCAUCCUGAAGAAUGUCCCUGAAAUCGAAGCCGCGAUAGAGAAGCCAGCUACGUUUCGCGGUUACGUUACACGUUUACAAGAUCUGCUGCAAUCAUGGUUCAAAGAUUUCGAGUUGAUGCAACUAUGAUCUUGAAGAGAAAUGUUAUGACACAUAUAGUUCCGUGACUAUCGUCUUGUUAACUAAUUGGAACGAAGAACAAUUGAACAAAAAUAUGAAGAUAAAUAACAAGCAAACUGGAAGUUCAAGAUUGGAUUAGAUUGAAGAAAUGGUUCAUGCAACAGAGUGCAUCAACCUAAACGCGCUUCUACAUCGAUUGUCCCUCGACCAGAAUUCUAUGUACGAUACUCGAUGUCAAAAUGGGCGCCCUUUUAGAGGUGCCGUUCACCUUUACCGUUACAGGUAAAGGGCAUUGCACGGUUCCUCGAAAUGCAGGGAACGUCAGCACGUGAGAAACACUCGCAACAGGAUGCAUAAGAAGAACCGUUGUAAUCUCUUCGAGUCUCUUGACUCCUAGAGAUUACGUGAUCUCUCUGAAACAGGGCCUGCCGUUGUUCCGAAUCUCCAUAUAAAAGCAACAUCUCGGUUCUUUCUCCGUGCAAUCACUCCGAAAGAUACACACCACUCUCCAUAAAAGGAUCAUUUGAUUUCAUUUUAAAGCGGGACCCAGAUGACUCACGAUGUACCCUCGAGAUCUCAUGUCCGGUUGUUUAUAGCCGUGGUAUGUCUUAUUACGUUGAUUUUGUAAUUCGGUAUUACGUCAUGAGUUAACCAGUCCCUGAUCUAUGCGGAGUCAAAUAUUUAGAAUACACUGGUUACACUCUUCUAUGUUGGUUAAAUCAUUUCGUACCGAUUAUGUAACAGGUAUUUCUUCCUAACGGUCGAUGGUUAAGUCCCAUUUAUGAAUAUUUUUACUAGAUCCGUAUUUUUAUAUGAAUUUAAUUUCAGGCUUUAAGAUCUUGGAAACGCAUAACUCUUCAUUUACACGUUCAAUGGGUGUAUUCAUUUCAACUGGUAAAUGAUUUGUAGGAAGCGAUUGAAAAGUUUGUUUCUAGUUUGUUGUCUUGCUUUAAUCGCAACUCGCUUUGCCACUUUCAACUCCUGGACAUCGGAGUGUAAAUUACUUGAUUUAUAAACGAGGUGUGGCUAGUAGUUAAUUAGACCGGGGUCUUAGGGAUCAACUUACAUCGCCUACUUUACUAUUGGAAUACCGAAUGAAGAGAUACUGCUAUCAAACAAAUAGAAAUAUGAAAAUUUAAGUUUGUUCUUAAAAUAACUAACAUCCUAGAGGUUGACAUUUUAUAUCGGCAACGAAGAAAGUUACAAGGUACCAAUGUUUUAUUUAAGUUCAAAGAUUCCAUAGUUUUCCUUCCGGUGAAAAUGAUGGAGCUUUUGAAACGACUAACAAGAAAUGACGUGCAACACCGUUUCGAUCACUGAAAGAUUGGGAUACGUGUGGAGAUGCUGGAGAAGAGUACAUCGAAGGGGAAAGGAGUCAAGUAGGUUGGUUCGUUGAAAUGAAGUUACCAGAUCCAUCGGGGUUAUGCAAUAGGUCGUAACGAAAGCUGCCUCCGAGAAGACGGAUGCUUUUCUCUCCUGUUCGGAACGACCUUACGGAGGUCGAGCAACGAAAGACUCGAUCGCGAAAAUUUCGUAACUGGGAAUUUUCAAAGGACUCAAUGAUCUACGAUAUUACAACACAAUUUCGCAAACACGAUUACUAUGACUGAAUUUCGAACAUAAAAGACGUCACAGACUGCUUUCCCCGGUCUUCUGGAAGCGAUUGCAAGAAGAUGGAGGAAACUACCGAAAAAAAUGAACGGGAAGGGAGUCAGGACUAGAAUUGGGUUCUUGUCUCGGAGAAGUUAGGUAACAGCGCAAUGCCGUAGAGGUGAUUCGAAGUCGUUGCUUCAGUCUGGCAGUGGUACUCGAGCCAACACCAUCGUUUUCGUUUCGCGCGACUCGCGUUGAUCGCAGGAUGUCAAGCGACGAACCAAGGACUAGGUGAACUUCAGUGAAUAUCUGUGAUGUGAUUACUAGCGAGCGGACCACCAUCUUCACCAUGAAACCCUCAUUGUUGAUGUGAAUAAUUUAUAUGUUAAAUUACAAAUUCUGCAACAGUGCUUUUUGAUUAAAUAACUAUGAAGAAGUAAGUUAAGGAAGUGUACUAUGAAUGAAACUCGGUAAACAUAAGAUGCAACAAAGAAGUAUUAAUGCUAAGUACACAAUACUCAAGUACCAAUAUAAAUUUUAAAAAGCAUCUGAUGUCAGAUGAAGUGUAGGAAUGUUAGAAUCUUCUUUUAAAUGAAUUUUUCAAUAAUGUAAAUUUUGUAAUAGAAAUACCGAUGUAGAUAGAAAGGUUUUAUAACAGUAGUAAAUUCUGUACUUGUUUGUGGUAGAAGUAUUAACCACUUCAAAUUCUUGUGAAGUUAUACUCUGUACAAUGGCAUCCAUUAAAUGGCACGAAACAAUAUGCAAUUUAUAACUAUGAUAUACGACCUCAGAUAACGUGGAAGCCAGUUUGAAAAUCUAUAGCGGGCACGCGAUAACCCAUGCAUUACCCAGUCGGAAUAAAUAUAAUUAAAAAACGAGCACACCAUAAAGAGAUAGGAUGGUGCAACUCUUACCCAGAAAUUCUAUCGUUCCUGCACUUCUCGAAAGGGAAUUUACUUUCACGAUACAAUACAAAUUCUUGGGUUAUUUUUCAUCGAUUCGAAGAACCCAUUGCAAACUCUCUGAUUUUUCAGAAUUACCUCCGAGAUUUAAUAAUUAAACUAAAAUGAUUAUAUCGAGUACAAAAAUUGCAGAACUCAAGCACGUAGAAAUUUGUGAAUCUUCUUCAAUUGUUCUACCCUGACAUGCAGUUUCAUUUUUCUUUUUAAUUCAAUGUUCAUCAUGAACGAUUACACAUUCACCUAACAAUUCAGCGAUAGACUUAUAGUGAAAGUUGCAUAACAAGAUUGAGCGAGUAAUUUCGAAAGGUCAUUUCGCAUCUCUAACAGAAAAUGUCACGGCACGGAGAGGUGCUCCGAGGAAGAUCAAAUGGUGAUUUAAUUCAUGGUAUUCUUUGGUGGUUACGACUCGUUAUGUAAUUAUCUUAGUGGAACGAUCCAAGUAGGACAUAAUGGUACGCCUCUUAACAGUCAAUUAGAUAAACAAUGGAAAGAGUUCAUUGAGCCACUCCAAUGAACAAAUUAAUUUGAAACCAUUACAUUGUUGUAGAUGGAAUAGAUGAUUCAUUCAUCGAUCGAACAACCAUCACUUAUUUUAAUUCGCUUUGAAAUUACAUGUUAGAUUGUUGCACGUCGAGUGAUUAUAUGCAUAGACUUUCCAUGCCUCAAAAUCGACCAUUGUUCUGUGUAUUGGCAAUUUUAAUAUAAGAACAUUGAGGGUUUGUAUAUUGUUCCUCAGACAUUAAACUUUAUGAUAUAUCAUAAGUUAUAAACUCUAUAUUUUACCUAAUAUAAUUUAAUAUGAAUUACACUGAUAUUAGAUGUAAUAAUCCCCAAAUCUGUUUAAAUUGUAUAAACAUAAUCAUUUCCAAUAGUGAAAGAAUAAGUAACUCGGAUAAAACUUCUUUUGCAAAAUGAACGAGUGCUGGCGAGAAAGUUAUAUGACAAUGGGAGUACAAAAUGAAAUAAUUACGAUAAUCCUUUUCGUGAAUGCCUAGUAGUAUAACCAUGGAAUAUAGGUCGAAUUGCCCGAGGAAACAGUCGCUCUAUAAAACGUCUGCUAAUGAUAUAACGUUGUUGAUUGUUAUCGCAUGUUACAUUAUGAGUGAACAUUAUGUAACAUGCAGAAAAAGUGGAAAGGGGCUUGAAUACGAAAGAAGUAUGAAAUUAUUGAACGUGUCGAGAAAUUAGUGCAAGAAAAACAAUGUAACAAAGACCAAUGCUGUUACGCUUAGAGAGCUCGAUUAUUGUUAUUCACCUAUUUUAUACAGAAAUUAUAAUUAAAAUAAUAUUAUAAUUUCUAAUGACAAUAACUAUAACAAUUCUACGUUCAGAAAGUGAAAUUGGUCAGUUACCAUAAUGGUAACGUGUUCAUUGAUAAAUAAAUGACAAAAGAAUCAUACCUACAUCGUCUGCUCUCGUCACGAUCCAAGCAGCAACAAGAAUAACCUUCUAAAGAACUCAUCAUUGAUCUCUUCGUACUAAUAAAUGAAAUUAACAAUUUUCUGCUGUAUUCUCUAUUGCGUCAAAACAAUAUCACGUUUGAUAGCCACAAAGGGUAGUCGAAACACCCACACUAAUAAUUUUGUGCGAAAUAUAACAUAAUUCCUAUAGUUACACGAUACCGCAAUUCAAUUGUUUAUUACAAAAAAUAAAAAAUGUCGAAUACUGUUAAACCGCGUACUUUUCAAUUUUUAUCGCGAACGAAAUACAAUGCUUAUACACGCGUGUUAACUACUUUUAAAUAGAAAGUCUCCCAGUUAAACUAUAAUUUUCUAAUAAGGAAAAAUCUGCAGAAUUGUGUGAAAGCUUAAAAUAAAAAUUUUAAAUGAAUUCUUAGCUACAUAAUCCUGUAAACAGUAAAUAGAGUUAUACAAUACAUGUUCCAAUAAUUAUGAUAUAACCAGGAAGUAAUUAAAAUGUCCUUUAUCGUCUCACAAUUACAGUGAUCGCCUUGAGCAAUUGAAAAUUUAAAGCCUGACUUCCGAGGUGCUGAUCAAGCAAUUAGUCAUUGUACACUGACGAUUAAUCUUCAUAUUUUAUGAAUUAACAUGCAGGUGGACGUGAAAGUUCCUCGUAAAAAAUGAUAUCGCAAACUGUUAAGAUUCGAUAUAAACAAAGAUACUUUUACUUUUAAGUAACGCGAUAUAUUCUUCAAUUAAAGAGCAAUGAAUGCACUUACGUAUAAAAGAAACUUUCUUACGACUCAACUACCACGAGUGAAAUUAUGACAUAUUAAGAGUGAAAUCUCAAGGAUCAAGAUUAUUAUAUAUUUCUUCGGAUUCUGAACGUUUUGUCACGUAUCACCACGCGUUAUAUGUUCCUGUUCACAAUGUAACUCAUGUUUUGUAGGCGUUAUAAAAAAUUGCAUGUAUUCAUUCGUUUUAUGGGGUAUGUAGAAAUUCCAAUAAACCUAUUUGUAUUUUCGCAAAGAAAUGUACAGAGAGAUAUAUAUUGUUUGCCCGGAUUCGUCUCUAAUACUCUCACUUUUUAUUUGCGCAAAGUCGUCACACCGGCUUGACAAUGAGAAGCAAUAAUUACACAGGAAAAAGGAAGCAUGAUACUACGCAAUGCGCGGUAGUUUUCUAGUAACUAUGUGACUUUCUUUAACGAUCUUAUUCUGACAAUCCAUCUUUUCCUUUUUCGUAAUUGAACAAAAAUUCUAAUCAAUUGCUCUUAAUGACGUGUAAGUAUACGCUCUGUUAAAUACUUCCCUACGUUUCAACAAUAAAAGAAAAUAUUUUCGAUAAAGAGAAGAAAACGUUGACACAACUGAUCACACCAAAAAGACAGUAAUAAAGAUGUUAGGAAUAGAUUUGUUGGUAUGUUUCUCGAAUAAGAUCACGAUGGACUAAUUUCGAACACUUGCUAUCUACAAACAAGAGCAACAAGCGAAAAAAAGUUUAAUUAAUAAAACGAUAGCAAACUAUCAGCGAAACUCGUUCUGAAUGUAAUGGAAAGUCAUGGAAGAAAGCUUGUCUAGCAACUGUUAGAAUUUAAGCGGUAAAGUUCCUCGCAUCUUGUAAUUACUUCCUUGAUUUUCGGAAGCGUGUAUAAAUCUUGGAGAUAAAUCUCUUUAAUUCCUUUAACUUACAUAAAGGAUUAUCGCUCCAUCGAAACAUACUGUAGCUUACACAAAUAUUAUAAAACAUUAAUCAAAAAAAAUUUGUCACUAUUCAGUUCAUGCACCUUUUUUGAAAAGGGGAUUAAUAUUCGAAAAUCUAAAGAUAGAAUGCAUCUAAAAUAUAAAAUAAAAGAGAUUCCGAUACAAUCUUGAUACCACUGUAAGAUACACCGGAUAUCACUUGAAAUGGCUGGUUGUCCGGCAACGUUCGUAGGGAAUAAGAGAAAAAAAGAGGAAAGUGUUUUUGCUUUCAGUUUGCAACACUUGCGAAGCAUUCGUACAGGACUGUAUUCGUAUUCUAUAUGCAUGUCGUCAUCUUAAACUCUGCCAUCAGGGACAAUGCCAUUGCCAUAGUGAAACAGUGAAAGUAUGGUCAUUUUAUUUCUGUCGUGCUUUUGCUCUUUCUUACCGUACCCUCGAUCUUGACACACGUACACGCACACGCGUGGCCAUGUGUUUUCUAACGCAAUCAUUAUUCUCCAGUUUUUAGCACACAUUUUACACGAGUCUUCAAAAUAAACAUAUGGAAUUGCUUUAAAGAUGACAAUAUGAUUCCACUUAUACAAGUUAAUCUUGUCAUCUUUUACUCUACUUUUGAUGACUGUUCUCUGAAGUUCCACCUUAGUUUAUAAUUUCUGUUCUUCUCUUGAUCCUUCAUUUCCCUUGACUGUUAUUUCAAUUAAUCCUUGAACUUCAAUUCCAAAUUAUUUUAAUUUUUUUGUUGAACAUCCAUCCUCUCUUGCUUCCAUUCUAAUCUUCAUAUCAUUAAUAAUAUCCAUGUAAAUUAAUCACCAAAUGGUUUCCAGUGCUUUACGGGAAUUGCUAGUGACAAUUUGGUUGACAUCAAUGGUUCAGCUUCACGUGAAGUCAGCGAUAAUGCCUCCACCAUGGGCAGACCCGUCGAGCAAUCCCUGCGCCGCUCAACCACGUGGCUGGCAAUUGUUAUUUUGGCCGCCGGAUGGAAAGUGUUACAAAAUAUUCCAGAUUGGAGCGCCUUGUCCAGAGACGAUGGAGCUGGGUCCUGCAGCAGGUGGAGGUGGUAUUGUGGCAGAGUGCAGGUGUCCUCCAGGAACUGCACAAUCCCCUAGAGAUGCUCUAUGCCAUCCAAUAUACACUAGAGCGUCUUGUCCAAAAGGACAAUUCUUUGAACCUGUACCAGAGACCUCUGGAAAGUCCAGGUGGGGUGUCUGUCGAGAUCCAGAGCCAUGCACAGAAAAAGGAGAAGUCUAUUGGCCUAGAGAUGGCAAGUGUUAUCCUAAAUUUAGUAAAGGGCCAUGCCCAAAAGGAGAACUUCUCACAACGGAUGAAGAUGGGUUGACUAUAUGUUCCUGCUCUAUAACGGGUGAACUAGGAAGGUACCACUGGCCAGGAAGCGUAGGUGGGUGUCACGAACACUAUACGAAAGGCCCGUGUACAGAACCCGGAGAAUUAUUCUUGCCAGGUGGAACAUGUGGUUGCCACUCUGGAUUACCUCAUUAUCAUGAGCCGACUAGACUGUGCUAUCAAUUAGGUGGCAUUGGUCCAUGUACUCAAGGACAUUACUUUGUCGUAACAAGUGCAGCGUCCAACGAAGACAUAAUUCGAGCUAAAUGUGUGUGCAAACCAGGUCAUGUCCUCUAUGAAGAUGGAUUUUGUUAUAGACUUUAUACAAGAGGGCCUUGUCAAUCUGGUCACAUGUUGAUGAACUCAACGACUUGCGCCCCUGUACCCUGCAAACGUGGAAGAUUGUACUUUCCACAAGAAAAAACGUGUUAUAAGAUAGGAACCAAGGGACCAUGUCCCAAUGGACAGAUCGUGUUAUAUGAUUACAAUGUACGACCAUCUAUUGAUGGAAUUAGUUAUAAUGGCAUAUGUGGAUGCACCAACAUACUGAAGAACUCUGACAAAUGUUCUGAAGAAAGUAACGAUAGCUGUGAAUCCACACCAGGGAUGGUGGAAAUAAAUAAAACUUGUUACAAGUUGUACACUCAAGGUCCGUGUACCGCAGGAGAAUGGCUGGUUGCACAAAGAAUGCCAAAACCGACCUUAUGGCAGAGCAAAGAAUCUGAACCCAAAGCUAGAUGCGAGUGCAGACCUGGAUACAAAAGAAUCACAGAGAAUUCCGAAAUUUCUGAACUAGAGAACAACAAUCUCCUCUCAUCGGGUAGUUGUCAACCACCCACUGUGAGCUUAGCAAAGUUUCUCAACGAAAAUGUGAAAUCAAUAAACUUUUAAGUACACAACAGUGAUAGAAUGAAUGCAAAAUCUGCAUGCAAAAGUUGUGUGUAUAUUGUUAAACAAUAUAUGUAAAUAGCAUUGUACAAAUAUCCCGCGUAAAGUAGUUGUAAAAUUUUUAUCUAAAGUUUGUAAGAAUUUUUAUUUAUUUAAUGAC